AUGGCAAGCAGAGUACCGCACACGAACGAAAUGUCUCCAACGGUACAAACGGAAGCGGACAUCGAGUCGGCAGUAACAGUCAAAGCAGCUGAAGAAGUGGACGUCCCCGUAUCGGAAGAUCGCAAGGAUCGUGGAUUGCAGGGUUCCUUCCCCGCAGAGCAACUACCGGGCAACAUUACCAUCGUCAUCGAUGCGGAACGCCACAAUGUUGCCGACGAUAGUGGCGGUGGAACCAGCGGCAAUCGGAACAACAACAGUGCUAGUAUGAAGUGUCUCAAUUUUUCCACAUCGCCCCCAUCCGUACGCGAUUCGCAUGCGUCUGCCAGGGGUUGCAUCUCGACGACCGCGACGGAUACGACCGGGACGCGGGACGGUGGGCAGGAUACGUCCACACCAUUAGAUAGUGCAAAGAGUAAUCAAUUCGUCAAUCAUAGCUUUAGCUGCAGGGAGAUGGGUACCAGCGGUUCCGUGGUGGUCAGCGAAGGGCCUGCCGCAUCGCCACCGGGGAUGGAGCUGGCUCGGGGGUUUGCCGAUGUGGUGCGCGUGUCCACCAGCGUCCCGCAGCCAGUAACGAUUCAGAUCGAGCCCGGUACGGGCGGUGGCAGGGGAGCGACAGGUACUAGUUUCCACUACGCAACAGCAGCGGCCGUGGCGGCUGUGGCGAUGACCGCGGCAGCAGCAGCGGCGGCCGCUGUUUCCUCCAGCAGUAAACCAUCCCAUUGUAAUACCGCAUCCGGUGACGGUGAACCUUUGCCACCCAUCGUUGAACCAAUGGCGCCUGCCAACCCUGCCGCUGAUCCCGUGCAUUACCAUCCUAUGAUAACCAUCAGCGACCAUAACGAUGACGCCACUACUAACCCUAACCGUACUAACCCAACAACCGUGCAUGCACCGUGUGAAGAAGCGGACCCCAUUACCAAACCCUGUGAUAAAGACUACCACUAUCAGCAUUACCAUCAUUCUAAUCCAACAACCGUUGUUAUGCCUUUCGUGUCCACUAACGUGCCGCUCGAUGCAGAUCGAUGCGACGAAACUACUAACGUCCCAUCAUCCGUCGGCAACCAAUACCACCCGUUCGUAACCACCACUACCACUACCGCCGGUAGUAGCAGUGUCACCAUCCCCAACGCCAUGUCCAUCACUAACACCGGGAUGGUGGGAAGAUCCAGCAAACCGCCUCUCCAUAGCUACCAGCAGCACUAUCAAAGCUACCACCACCAGCAGCAGAUUUCCACGGACGGCCAAUCGGCCCGGGGAAAUCAAUGUGCGGUUGGUGGUGGUGGUGCAGUGUCGAUGGUGGCCGGCGGUGGCACAUAUCGGUCGCAUAGUGCACGCUUUAUGACGCAGCACAUUAAAAUCCUUCCCAAAACUCAAUCCCUCGAUUUGGCAGAUAAUGACGACAUGCUGGAAGCUUCCAACCGGUCCGAAUCGCAGCUCGAGAUUAGUGCCGCCGGCAUCGUGCCGCCCGGGUUGAAAGGGCGUGUCUUGCCCAAGCUGCAAACGCUUGACCAAACGAGUCGUCCGAUUUAUCCGAAUGUGCCCUACAGUCCGUACAACAGCCCGUACGGCAGUCCCCGCAGUGGCCGGCGACGAACACCGCUGCGCGAAUCGAGGCGCGUUUCGAUCGAACAGUCGGGGAGUUUCCUGCAGCUUAACCAGUACAAACUGUUGGAUCAGAUCGGACAGGGUUCGUACGGUUUGGUGAAGCUGGCGUACUCGGAGGAAGAUUCCACACACUAUGCGAUGAAAAUCUUGUCGAAAAGAAAACUGCUCCGCAAGGCAGGUCUGAUGCGCCGGGGACCGAAGCGCGGUACUUCGCCCUUGGAUCGGGUUUACCGUGAGAUUGCCGUGCUGAAGAAGCUGGACCAUCCGAACGUAGUGAAGCUGGUGGAAGUGCUCGACGAUCCGCUGGAGGAUUCGCUCUAUCUAGUCUUCGAAUUGGUGCAACAGGGCGAAGUGUUGAGCAUACCGACCGACACUCCCCUGAGCGAGGAACGUGCCUGGAAUGUUUUCCGAGACGUGCUGCUGGGUGUCGAAUAUCUACACUAUCAGCGCAUCAUCCACGGGGACCUGAAGCCGGCAAAUUUGUUACUUUCCGAUUCUGGCAGUGUCAAAGUGGCCGACCUGGGCGUCUGCAACGAGUUUCUCGGUGAAGAUGCCGCCAUGAACAAUGGGUCAACGGCGGGGACACCAGCGUUCCGGGCCCCCGAAACGCUGCUACCCGGGCAACACUUCUACAAUGGCAAGGCGGCCGACAUCUGGGCGCUUGGGGCCACCCUGUUCUCGUUGGUGCACGGCAAUGUGCCGUUCAUUGCCACCUCGGUGCCGGGUGUGUACGAGAAGAUAAAGAACGACCCACUGGAGUAUCCGGCGAACAGCGGCAUCAGCGAGGAGCUACGUGAUCUGAUAAGCCGUAUGCUGGACAAGGAUCCACAGCAACGUAUAACGCUGCCACAGAUCAAGGAACACACGUGGCUCACCAGGCACGACAGCGUCCGGAUUCCGACGGAGGAAGAAAACUGCCGGCUGGUGCAGAUCAACGACGAGGAUAUGAAUAGCGUGGUCAAAAGCAUACCGAAGCUGGACACCCUAAUACUGAUAAAGACCAUGCUGAAGAAACAUUCGUUCCAGAAUCCAUUCACCAAAGGCAUAUCGGGUCGGGCACCACAGGCGGGUGGAUCUCGACUGGAGCGUUUUUGUCGCUCGGGGCGAUCCAACUCAGCCCCUGGUGACUACCACACCUCCGAACGACAACCUUCCAACGAAUCGCUCCUUCCGUCAGUCACGGAAGGUGUGACAAGCCCACUGGGCAGCCCGGAUCCCACUACCGGCAGCAUCAUCUCCGAGCUGGAUAGCCUCACCCUUCGGUCGGACAUUUCCAACCCAUCGUCCAGCACCGACAACGAUACCACUACGGUAAAAAUUAUCACCACUCCGCCAGAGUAG